UCGACGCCAUUCCCAAGUUAUCCAUCGAAAACCUGCUGACUAUCGACACAAACAUUUUGGUUUCCUUUCAUUUCUAUGAACCCAUGCUUUUGACUCAUAGACAACAAAACAAAAAUCGUUUCGCAUAUCCCUCACAAAUACCUGAUUAUGAUAACAUCAAAUAUCCGCAAAUGAUUGAAAUCAAUGACAAUUAUAUUGCCGAUAAAUUCUUGCCUACUAUUCAAUGGUCACAAAAGUUUAACGUCAGACUAGUUUUGGGUGAAUUUGGUAUCAGUCGUGAAGUAUUGGGGGCUGACCUAGAUGAGGACUGGGAGGCAAUGGACUAUGAAUUGGGCGAUAAUAUCUCAACCGGGAAAGUGAAACAAAAUAGGGAUUCAAUGGACUAUGAAUUAGGUGAUUAUAUCUCAACGGGGAAAGUGAAACGAACCUGCUAUAAAUCUACUUUGUUUGAAAUACAAUACAACACUGUGGAAAAUUCAGUGAUAGCAUUACUAAACAAGGUCCCUGUGGACACAACAUCUGACUAUUGUUUUGGCAAUUAUACGAAUGGAUUCAAUGGUUAUAUAAAUAAUUUCACUGCUCUUCUGCCUAUGAGUCCCAAUGAAAUGGACGUGAAGUUCCUGUUAUUCACGUGCAAUAAUCGGGAUAACUCACAAAACCUGACAUACCUGUCCCAACCUAACGAAUGGACAACUGCCGGCUUUAAUUUCAUGGUUGGCUUGAAAAGUACCCUGGUAACCCUGUGGUUGGAUUUAAUUGGAUGGAGUUUGGGCGCACAUGUGGUGGGCUUUGCGGGCAAAAACGUAACCAACCCUAACGUAGGCCACAUCACAGCUGAUGACCCGGCUGGACCCGGGUUUACUGGACAGCCUCCUGAGAAUAGGUUAGCUGUCGGUGACGCCAGCUUUGUUAAUGUCAUACAUACUAAUGGCAUUCCACCCAAUGGUAUACCUGGAGUACAAGGUCUAGGGGAUCUGGAUGCUCUGGGAAACAUUGAUUCUUAUUUUAAUGGAGAUGUCCUCAGUCUGUUUCUCUGUAGUCACGUCCGAUCUAAUUAUUAUGCGAUCGCCGACCAGUCCUACGCCCAGAGCACAGGCUGUCAACCCAUUGCCUAUAAGUGCGACUCUUAUGACAACUUCAUGAGCGGCUGUCAACCCAUUGCCUAUAAGUGCGACUCUUAUGACAACUUCAUGAGCGGUCUGUGCGCUAAUGGCAGUGACAGUCGUCCCAUGGAAUUGGAUCUCAAUUAUUGGGACAACAAAUCCAAUUGGGAUACGACUGACACCAACAAUAAGUAUUACAUCAAUACUGGAAACGUGUUGGAACCUGGAGCUAAUUCAUGCUCGGGUCAGUUUGAUAUAAAACUGUCAAAUGGAAAUGACUUCAAGGUAACUUUAAGUACUGGCAACCAAAUUGCUACCAAUGGUGGUCAGGGAUACACCACUCUCUAUACAACUCCACAACAACUACCACUCAAUACGACGGCUACUAUUAACCCACAAUUGGGCACUAAUUGUAAUAUAAAUGAAAUUGACUUCAAUUUCAUGAGCAAUCGCGACCCAAGUAUUCGCAAAAACUCUUCUGUCACUUCCAUUAAUACCAACGGAAGGCAUGCCAUCCGACAGUACAUCACACGUUGGAUAUCACCGAAUGGAACCGUUAUA